UGACAGCAGUGCGCAGCCUGGUUGCUCCUCGUACAUGUCGAGGGGACAGACAGAAGGCUCCCAGGCAAUGGCUUCCUCUCAGGCGGCGGGGCCUGGGCCAAGCCCGGAUGCCAUAGUGUCAGUCAGCGGCACGGUACAAAAGUAUGUAGCCAAGAAGAAGAAGGUGCUGAACCCGGAGGAGGCCGAGCUGUACGAGCUGACACAAGCGGCGGGGAUUGUUAUAGACCAGGAGGUGUUUAAAAUUCUUGUGGAUUUAUUAAAGAUGAACGUAGCCCCUCUGGCAGUAUUCCAGAUGCUGAAGUCAAUGUGUGCUGGACAUAGGAUAGCCGAUACAGUUUCUGCUGACAGCAGCUCUAUAUCAUUAGCACCAGGUCAUUCUGAUGUUCGAGGAAGAAACAAACCGAAUCCAACAACCAGUACAACUCAAGGUCCAGGAGAACGAAGCAGCAGAGAAGGCUCCAGCCAGAGAAUCCCACGCCAGCCCAGUGGCAGCCGAAUGCAGAAGAGCAGCAGCUCCGGGAAAAGCAGUGGAGGAAGCAGCACAUAGUACAUUCUGCUCGUUUCUGCUGCAGCACGGUAUUAGUCCGUGCAGGACUCUGAGCCUCUGUUUCAGUUAUUAGCUAAUGUUCUAAACUAAGCAGAUUGGUUUUUACUAUGUACCAUAGGUUCGAAAAAUGGCUCAAGUGUUCUGCUGGACGGACAGCUAGCAUAUGCUUUCAGACAACUACUGGUGGGAGAAACUGAUGCCUAGAGAUUUGAUCCAGGGUGUGUGCAUCUCCCGUGAGCUCAAGAUUUUUGUUAUGCUUCUUUACAGUGCAAUUAUUUGGUGAUCUCCAAAUCAUAUUUAUUACUCUGACCAUACUCUUUGUUAUCCAAGGCAAGGCCCAUUCCUGAUGCUAAAGCAACAGAUUUUUGUCUAAUUUGGCUCUGGGGCAACAUGUUGCUCACCAAGCCCUUGGAUUUUGCUCUCAGUGUCCCCAAUGCAGGUUGUUAUUUCGAAUUCCUGACUUGGUGGCAAGUUUUGGUUGAAUAAAAAGCUGAUAGUGUACAUAGAGGCUACCUAAUAGCCAACCUUUGCCCUUAUUUUUAUUUCACAACUGAUGGUGGCCAAAACCUGCUCCCAUUUACUUGAAUAAAAACCAUGUGGCAGCACUGCUAAUGGAACUUUUCCAUCCAAAAAAGUUCUACUAAAGUACAGUAUGACAAAUAUUGCUUUUAUAAAGUCAAGUAUGCAAAGAAGAAAUCAUUUUCUGACAUUUCAUACUAAGAUUCUACCUUACUGUUUAAGGAAAAUAUGUUUAUAUUCUGCCUUGCAAAGAUGUAAAGGCUCUAACAGGCAUCCAUUAAUGUAACAAAUACCCUCACAUACAGGUACUUCAGAUUUAAGUUGCAGAACAGCAAUCUUACUCUCUGGACAUUUUUAGUCUGUACAGGGCAUUAACAGAACCAUGAAUGCAUGGCUUCACUAGCUUAUUUCUUAGUGCUUACAUAUUAAAUUCAAUCUUUGUGCAGAACUCAGUGUUUGCAUCAUUUUGUAGUAUGAAUUACAUUUAGUGCAAAAGCGUUAUUUUACAAAACAGGAUUAUAGGAAGUUUUAAUGGUUCCAAAACUGUAGGGUAACAGCACACAGCUAUUCUGAUUGCUCUAGUCCUCUUUCAUGGCAGACUGCCAUCAAGUGGGUUUGCACUCAGCAAUGAGAGAGUCCAAUCAAAUUGCUGUGACUUUUCUUUAGAGGAAAAUAAAGAUCAUAAAGAGCUUGUGUUCUCUACUAAGGUUGUGUGAUUAUGUACAUGCAAACGUAUCUGAUAUUUCAAAGCCUUACUGUAUAUUUGGAAACAAUAGGAUUGAUGUAUAUUGGUUCUGAAAAGAAUAUUUAUUGAUAAUGUUGUUCUAAUCUGAUGAGUGAUCAUUACCACCUAGUUCUAUAAGAUAAUAAUAAUGGAAAGGUGAUGACUUCUUAUUUUUGUUGCUUUGCUCUGCAGAUAAUUUCUGUUUUGAGUUUUCAAAACUGGUUAUAUUUUUGUUAAGCUGACUAUAAUACUACAUUGCAUAAAUUGUGAAUAAUUAAAAUUACUUUAACUACUGUUAAA